AUGGGGGGCCACUACCCUGUGACGGAAUUGCGUCGCAAUGCCUCGGUCCCCUCCAUGGGGCUGCCCCGCCAGAUGCCCAGGUCCAUCAGCAUGUGCCUGCCGCCCGGCAAGCGCGCCUUUGCCGCCGAGACGGAGGGGGUGCAGAGUUGGGACGAGUACCAGUCCAUCCGCGACGCACAGGCCGCGCGCAGGCCUGCAGCCCGGCGAUGCCUGGAGAACACCCUGGAGAUCGCGGCCAGGGCGCGCUCCUUCCCCCUCACACGCGGAUACUCCAGGAGAGGGUCCCUGGACGCCCUCAACCUGCCCCCUUGCGCCAGACGGCUGGAGCCCGCCUUUGCGCCGGUGCAGCCCGAGGAGAGGGACCUCAAGCUCGUCCCCCUCCAACACCUCCUCCUCUCCCCCGCCGCCGCCGCCCUUUCCACCCUGGACGUCAAGGCCAUCAUCUGCAAGAUCGCGCUGGACCUGGACGCGCUGCACGCCCAGCGCUCGCUGCACCGCCACGUCAGCGUGGCCUGCAUCGCCGUCCCCGCCACGGGCCACCUCCCUGCCUCGCGCCUGCUGCCGCACGGCGCCAACAUCCGGUGCGAGGGCGGCGGCGGCACCGCCACCUGCCCCGUCGCAUUCCAGGGCAUGGAGCCGUACCUGGCACCCGAGCUGGCCAUGGUGGCCGCCGGGGACGAUGCGCGCUCGCCCGCCAUGCACACCCCGGCCUGUGACAUGUGGAGCCUGGGCGUCGUCCUGUUUGUCAUGCUGAGCGGCAGCCACGUGCCAUUUGGGAACCGUGGCCUGGGCCAGACCAGCAUCCCCAACAUGCCGGGACGGGGGGAAAGCGUGGACGCCUUGCAGUCCUGGCUCCAGGAGCACCUGGAGUGCAAGAUGGGCGUGGUCAACGCCAUGGCCAGGGCCGGCAGCGACACGGCGGCCUGCCGCGACAUGCGCGUGCUGGGGUUCGACCCCGGCGCCGUGGACGUCGUGCUUGGCCUGCUCCGCGCCGACCCCGCCCAGCGCCUCUCGGCGCACGCCGUGGCGCGCCACGGCUGGCUCGCCGAGGUGGCGGCCGAGUCCGCCACCUGGCGCCGCCCCGAGGCCGGCCCGGUGCCCGACGCCCAGGGCCUUCCGCCCACCCCGCCGAUCCCCCCGGCCCAGCCGCCGCCGCCGGCACUGAGCGCCACGCACGCCUCGCCCGACCCCCUGCCGCCCAUCGCCCCGGGCACCCUGGGCUGGCUGGCCCGGCCCACCUGCACGGGCCCCUGCCCUGCGCUGGCCACGCUGCACCCGGUGGUCCUGCUGGGUGCCGGGCCGCAGGUGGGGACGCAGCCCGUGGGCCUGACCCGGCUCCCGCCAGACCCGGGCUCCUGCACGCUGCUGGCAGACGGCAGCUGGUGGAUCCCGGUGCCCGUCGCGGCGGCGUGCCAGCGGCUGCCGACCUCCGCCUGA